AUGUUAAGUUACGCUACCCCUAUACAAAUUGGGUCCACCGAGGAGUGGUCACUCCUAAAUCAACGCGGACAGGAGUAUAUCGUGCAAAUUGGAUAUCCCCGUGACUGGGAUAGUUACAAAUCAUGUCCUGGUGAUGAAGGUGUCCCUAUCGUCUACCUGACUGAUGGAAAUUCUGUCUUCCUCACCGCACUCGAAGCCCUUCAUAGGAGGCUAUCCAUAAAUAGGACAACUUUCUCUACAGGUGUUAUCGUAGCAAUCGGUUAUCCCGUCCCUCCCAAUUCGGGUUUCAUAUUCGACGCCCGACGGUCCUGGGAUCUUACACCACCCGCUCUAGGAGCGAAGGGAAACGAAGGGGGCGCGGACGAGUUUAUCAAGUUCAUUAACGACCGGGUCAAACCUUUCGUCCACGAAAGACUGAGAGACACUCACGCCGCAAAGGUUGGAGAGGAAGCUCUUUACGGACAUUCUCUUGGUGGAUUAUUUUCCCUUCAUACUCUUUUCACCCACCCAAACUCGUUUGACUGCUUCAUUGCUAGCAGCCCGAGCAUAUGGUGGCAUAACGAGUUUAUACUAAAGGAAGAAGCAACAUUCUCGAAGAAGCAAUCGAAUGUAAUCAAUUCGCAAAAACCGUCUCUGAUUAUGUUUGUAGGUGGACAAGAACAAAACCCACCUCGCCGUAGAGGAGAGUCGGAUGAAGAACACCAAAAGCGAGAAAAGCGACACAACGAACGUCGCAUGGUUAGCAAUGUAUUUGACAUGUACUGUCGGUUAAAAUCAAGCGGGAAUUUACACAACAUUUCGUCUCAUGUUUACGAAGGCGAGGAUCAUGGCACCGUUAUCGCCUGUUCGGUCAGCAGGGGGAUGACGACCUUCUUAGAGGAUUGGCCAUUUCAAAUAUGA